AAAGUCCCUUUGAAGCUCAUCCUGGAAAGCUACAAAAAAUAUAUAUAUAUUUAUGGAAUCAGUUUCACUAUUCUACAUGAAAUUUACCAUAAUGUGACGCCUAAAAAAAUCUGAAGGAACCAUACCUAAAAUUUAACAGGAAGUCGGCCAUUUUAGACGACUUCCAAGGCUCAAAGGCACAAAGUCCUACCAUGGAAUUUGCGCAAAUGAGCCCCAGUUUGGAAGGUGUCCUUGACAAAUGGGUGAUGCUAAAUUGACAAAGACUUUUUAGGUACACCAUGGAUGGAGCAUGACAUUAACAUUUGAUGAUUAUUUUUUGGAUUCACUGUGAAAAAAAGUGAUUGAGGGCCCAUUCAGCUUUAAUUCUCGCUAUUUCCAAAUGUGAUGCACAACAAAUGCUGUUAAUUUAAUCGUUAAACAUAUAAUCGUAUUUAUCUUCAUCUUCAUCUUCUCGGAAAUCAGCAGGGUCAUUGAACUUUUCUCGCCUAUUAUGGACAGCGGUACUAUUGUACCAAGAGAAGCUCAGUGCCCCUGAGCAAAGUACAAAGUUCCCACCAGUACAAAUCCCACUGGCUGGUGUCCCAGUAUCACUACACUCAUGACAACGCAACACAGGAAUUGGUAGCUCUUGAUUUGACUUUCCCAAAUUGCAGCGGAGCAUUUCAGUCUUCAUUUUACCACCGCGUCGGAAUUUUGGGGUUUGGACACUUUAACACCGCAGCAUGUAUGCAACUACAUUUCUGCUUCUGCUCGCUCUGUGUGCCAACAGAGGACGUGGCGAAGAGAAACAAAGUCGCGGCCAUGUUUCCGUGGUGGUAGUUGGGGGCACAGGGGACUUGGCAAAGAAGUACCUCUGGCAGGGCUUUUUCCAGUUGUACUCGAAUCAAGUCAGCAGGAACACUUUCUCUUUCUAUGCUGGUGGACUGUUGUCCGCGGACAAGGCCAUGCCGAUAUUCUUUGGUAUCCUGAAGGCGGUGCCGUGCCCCAAGGAUGUCUCUGAUGAACGCUGCGCUUUGCUCAAGGAGCAGUUCUUGCGGCUAGCGCAGUAUCGGCAACUCAAGAGCCAUGAUGAUUACCGGGAUUUGGCCCAGCAAAUUGAGCAGCAGGCUCAGGAGGAAGGGCUAACCGAGGCCGGACGACUCUUCUACCUCGCCGUGCCGGCAUUUGCGUACGCGGAUAUCGCGGAUAAAAUCAACACCAACUGCAGGCCUGUUGACGGGGCGGCUUGGUUCCGAGUGGUUCUGGAGAAACCUUUCGGACACGACCUGAGGAGCGCUCAGGCACUUGCGGCUCAGCUCGGGGAGGCCUUGCGUGAUGAAGAAAUGUACAGAAUUGACCAUUACUUGGGAAAGCAGGUGGUCUCAAAGAUCCUUCCAUUCAGAGUAGAAAACAAGAAGUUCCUGGAUCCCAUCUGGAACAAGCACCACAUUGAGAGAAUAGAGAUUGUACUGAAAGAGACUCUGGAUGUACAAGGUCGUAUUCACUUCUACGACCAGUACGGCGUGAUCCGAGAUGUAAUCCAGAACCACUUGACAGAGGUCAUGGCUCUCCUAACCAUGCGGCUUCCUACCAAUGUGACUGACGGCGAGGAACUUCUCCAAAACAAGCUGCGGCUCUUCAGUUCUUUGUUGCCCCUGGGCAAGAAUCGGGCAGUGGUCGGCCAGUACCAAGCAUACCAAGCCGGGGUUCAGCAGGAGCUCAACAAGACCAAAGACUACAUCAGCAUCACGCCAACAUUUGCAGCUGUGUUGGCGCACAUGGACUCGGCUCAGUAUGACGGGGUGCCCAUCCUUCUGAUCUCGGGGAAGAUGUUGGACGAACGAGUGGGAUACGCACGGGUUCUUUUCAAGAACGACGUGUUCUGUCUUCAGCACGACUUUUAUUGCAAGCCCAAAGAGAUAAUCUUCUACUUUGGACACGGUAGCCUUCGAUACCCAGCCAUUCUCGUUUCCAAGAAUCUUUUUAAGCCAUCUCUGACGGAGGGCGAGUGGAAGGAAGUGACGGAUCAUACAAAUGUUAACGUCCUAGGGUCGCCUCUGUCAGACUACUAUGUCCAAACUCCAACAGUGCAGCGGGAAGCUUAUGCGGAAUUAAUUUCUCACAUUUUUGCUGGACACAAAAAUAGUUUUAUCAGUACCGAAAAUCUCCUUGCCUCUUGGGACCUGUGGACCCCGUUGCUUGAGAGUUUAGCCGGCUCGUUUCCCCGUGUCUACCCGGGAGGAGCCGACAACGGCGACCUGCUGGAUAUCCAUUUGAAAGGGAAGGAGAUUGCUUACAAAAGGGAUGUGGUACUUCUCGGGGCGGACCAGUUAGGAGUUGAGUCUGCAAAAAGUUUCUUAGUCAUGCAAGGGAAGUACCGCGGUGCUCACAUGGUAUCUGCCUGGCCUGAGGAGCUGGUGGAGCGUCUGGCCGCCGACAUCCAGGAAGCGGCGGAGGCGGCUGUGCUUCAAGGCGGCGUUUUCCACCUGGCCCUCUCCGGCGGGUCUACACCCAUUGCGCUCUUCCACAGGCUGGCCCUGCACCAUUUCUCCUUCCCCUGGAGCGACACCCAUAUUUGGAUGGUGGACGAGCGCUGCGUGCCAUUGACUGAUCCGGAGUCCAACUUCCACAACAUCCAGCAGCACGUUUUGCAGCACGUGCGUAUCCCCUACUACAACAUUCACCCGAUGCCGGUGCAGUUUAAGCAACGUCUGUGCGUGGAGGACGAUGCCGCAGCGCUGCUGUAUCAGGAAGACAUCAGCAGAUUAGUCAAUGGCUCCAGGUUCCACUUUGUACUCCUCGGCGUCGGCCAUGACGGACACACGGCCUCCCUCUUCCCUGGCGCCAAAGCGGCCCAUAGUGACAACGGCCUGGUGGUCCUCACCGAGAGUCCCAUUAAGCCGCACCGCCGCAUGAGCCUCACGCUCAGCGCUAUCAAUCGAGCCCACAGGGUGGCGCUGCUGGUGAUGGGCAAGGGAAAACACGAGCUUGUCACUCAGCUGAGCCGUGUCAAGGACGAGCCAAACAAAUGGCCCGUCACUGGAGUGAAACCCACUGAUGGCACGCUCGCCUGGUACAUGGACUAUGACACACUCUUAGGUUAGGGAUCACAAUAAACCCGACAUGUGAAGAUAAUAAGUUCCUUAUGCCUACCUACAAUUGAGGUACUGUGAAAAAUUAUUACAUUUGCUUAUAUUAGUAGUUUACAGUGAACCCCUGCCCAUUUGCUGUUCCAUAGUCACAAAUUCAGCUAUUUGCAUUUUUUGUGCUCUUUCCGUCAGGCUCUAAGAUGAUGUCAAAGCCCCGGCAAAUUAUUCAUUCAUUCAUUCAUCUUCCGUACCGCUUGAUCCUCACUAGGGUUGCGGGGGGUGCUGGAGCCUAUCCCAGCCGUCUUCGGGCAGUAGGCGGGGGACACCCUGAAUCAGUUGCCAACCAAUCGCAGGGCACACAGAGACAAACAACCAUCCACGCUCACACUCACACCUAGGGACAAUUUAGAGUGACCAAUCAGCCUGACAUGCAUGUUUUUGGAAUGUGGGAGGAAAUCGGAGUACCCGGAGAAAACCCACGCAGGCCCUGGGAGAACUUGCAAACUCCAUACAGGGAGGCCGCAGCUGGAAUUGAACCCAUUACCUCUGCACUGCGCUAACCACUGGACCACUAGGCCGCCCCAAACGAUGAUCCCAUUUCCAAAUCAUAACAUUCAUACCCUUUAAAAUAAUUGCUUUUGACAUUAUUUGAUU